GUGGGUGUGGGUGAGGGUGUGGGUGUGGGUGUGGGUGUCGGGUAGGUGGGUGGGUGUGGGUGUGGAUGUGGUUGUGGGUGUGUCUCAAGAAAAGAAAAACACCCACAUCCACACCCACCCACACUCACACCCACACCCACACCCAUACCCGCAUCCACACCCACACCCACACCCUCUAGUGUAACAAGCGUUCUCUACAAGUAACUUUCACAUGUAUGAUCGACGAAACCAUUUAAUGUCACAUUCCUUCUCAAAUGUCAUGUCGCCCGAAUAUAACUUCGAUUUGCUUGACUAUACUCAAGAAAAAUGCUUUUAUUGUCUUUCGUUUUGAUCGUUCUUUCAAAUAAUAAUAUGACAGCAGAUUACAGAAAUUUCUAAUAUGAGCCCAUACAAUGCCGGUAGCGCUAGAAAUGAAAAUGAACAUUUCAGCAGUGAAUACUCGUAUAAGCAUUAUAGAAACUUAGGGUGUGGGUGUGGGUACGGGUGUAGUAAUUGGUAUGGCUGAAGAGAAGACAAACACUCUUACUUACAUCCACACCCACACCCACAUCCGCACCUCGUGCAGUCAGCCGCCUUAAAAACUCCGUUGCACUUGAUGUAGAUGAUGAUAAUGAUAAUUAACAGGAUAUUUCAUCAUCAAAAUCGUAAAUAGGAAAAUAGAAAUGAUUUGAUUGAUUUUAAUGUUAAUUAUAGAAAUGAAAAUGUUAAACUUGAAAUUGAACGAUUAAAGAAAGAAUUAAAACAAUCGAAAAAAUCAUCAAUACUUGUCAAACCAUCAGAAGAUACUGUUCAAGAAGAAACAGAAUGUAAGUAA